GCCAAGAGGUUCGAGACCGUGGCGCAUACGAAAUCCGAAAUCCUCUUCGACGCCUCUCGACGCGAGCAUGCGUGUACCGAGGCGCGUGGCCGGUUGCAGCCAGAGAGGAGACGAUAAUGACCUUCCACGGAGCGGGCAUGGACGGAGUAGGAGGGCCUUUGACACACUUGACGCUCAAGUGAAUUGUAGCCGAGAACCGAGGAGGUUGCGGUUAGUUUUGAGCGGGAGAUCGUGGUGAACGCGUCUCGCGAGAAAGGACGGAGAGGACGAAACGAGAGGACGACGUGACAUGCCGGCCAGGUGACACGGGCAUGUCGAUGGAAUCGAUGUGCCGUUCGCGACAUGAAUUGCGUGUAAUCCAACAAUCUCUAAAAGGGUAGUCGAACAUCACUGAAGAGAAAAAAGAGGAGCAACGCGUUUGGAUUGAUAUCGAGGUCGAGGCUGCUGGUGGGGGCGGCGGAAGUGAUAAAAGGUGCACGUGGAUAUCUGUUCGAAGAAAUCAAAAGUGUAUCGAUUAAUCUCUGCUUCUUCCUCUUCAACACUUCGAUCGAGUUGUUAUGGCAACUAUAGGAUGAAUUACAUCGAGUUAGAUUUCUUCAACGUUGGAAACAGGAAUAAAACGGUUCAUUUCAUAAAUGCGAUUUGUUAACAUGUAAAAAAAUAUUAUUGGAAAUAUCAGAGACACGGUCGAAUUGUUUAAAUUUAUUUUGAAAACUUGUACGAGUUGAAGUUUUUAAUUUUUGUUUCGGCAAGUAGUUGAAUCUAGUCCUCGAUGAGAAUGCAUCUGAAGUACGUGAUCGUGAUCGUGUGUUUCUUCGUGGCGCGUGCAAGUUCUCAGCUCUUCGCCAUGAAGAAUUUGGAGAAAUAUUCGAGGAUCUUUAAUUUUGGUGGUUUAUGGAUGAACAAGACCGGAAACGAAUUGUGGGAUGGGUUAAUCAGAGACUGCGAUCGGUCAAUUACGUUCUCCUGCAUACAGAAGAACGCCUAUGCUUACCUGGACCAUGUUUUCAAGGAACGAGACAACAUCACGGUGUUCGAUGGUUUGACCAUGACUAAGAACAAAUUGGAUUAUGGUACCUGCCGCAGGAAUUUGAAGGAAAAUUAUCAGGAUUCCAUGGAUGAGAAUCUUGUGGAUGGAUCUAUCAAGAAUGAUUGCAACGAAGAGGAAAGUGAGGACGAAAGGGAUCGACAAUUUGAUGAAAAGCAAUCACCUCUGGAGGAAGUGACUGAUGCGUUGAGGAAGAAGACGGUGAAAUUUCUCGCGACUAGAGAUUACGAGAUCCAAUUACCCGAUUUUUUCUUCGAGGGUGCCACGAUUAAACUGAGUCCUCGUGAGGUUGACGAAAAUGGCGCCCUGGUCAGAGUGGACUUUGGUCAGAGUGGGGUGGAGAACCAAGGACGACUCUUUUUCAAAAAAAUUAGGAAAUUCAUACAGAACAAACUGUUGACGAGCUUUCUGGCCCUGCUGCUGAUCAUCAAAUUAAUCAAAUUGAAGUUCAUGUUCGUGAUACCAUUUUUAUUCGGCGUGGGUACCGCGAAGAAAUUGUUCCUCAAGCUGCUGCUCUUCUUCAUACCGGCAUUCGCGCAUGUAUUUAAAUUAUGCUCGAGCUAUUACUCGACGCAUAGCACGAAGUAUCACCAUCAUCAUCAUCAGAUAUCUCAUCAUCAUCACCAUGUCCCGGUUCCGGUACCGGUUCCAACCUAUUACAACCACCAUCAUCACAACGAAUUCGACGGUUACGAUUACGCUCAUCCUCACAUUCAAUAUCGAAAAGAUAUCGAGGAAUUGAAGGAAUGGGGUAUAGAGCCUUACGAAGAGCCGUACGAGGUUCAAGCAGAGCCCAUAGGAGGUAGCACAGGACCACUCCAUCCUCCUGGUGUGCUUCCAGCGUCAUUUCCAGCGCCCGCUUACUCUGGAGCGUAUAGCGUCUCUCAGUACGCGUCGAACGUUCAACCGUCCCCAUAUCUAGAGAAGCAUCCACAAGUGUCUGCUCAUAAUUUAGCUUAUUCGGCGUACGCUGAUAAUAACCGUCGAACGAAUUCUGCACCAGUGGUCAACGUUCCUUUGAAUCCUGCUAACUUGCCGACCACUCUGCUACCAACCGCGACAAAUGUGAAGGCGUACACCGCAUUUGGACAAAUGCAGAACGUUAAUAGGCAAGGUUCCACGAAAAGCAAUCAGAUAGAGUCGAAGAUAACAGUUGGCACUCGGCGAUCAGACUACGACGAUGACUUUUAUGGGCCGAUAAUUAACAAGCUGGAGGACAUAUUCAAGCAACUGAGAUUCGUGGAUGAGCCUUGUAGAGAAAGACUCGUGUGCAGCAUGUACAAGAACCCGGCGGUUUAUUCGCCGCACAGCAACCUCGUUUCGAACGAGCUGUCCAGAGAUCCGCAGGAGUUGAAGCAGACUGGGAUCGAAAGUUCAUCCAGCCAGAAAUUUCACAGAUAUCUCGAAGCGGCCAGACUUGGGCAAGAUGGUGGAGAUUGUUUAAGAACGUAUCCAUGCCAUAUAAAUACCGAAUAAAUCGGAUGUAAAUUUUGUAACGAUUUGUAAUAGUCUAUGUAACGCGCCAAACUAGGCAUCGAAGUCUCCGUGUGAGAUUGACUGGUUUGUUCCGCUAGAUAUUAUUUAGGUUAUUUAUUUGUGUCAGGGACACGAUUCUUCGAGUACGAAUGAUUACUGUCGAAUGAUUUUAUACAUUUAUAAAAUAUUUUUAAUAUUUUCAAAAAGAUAAAGAUAGUUUUUUUCAUGAUAUUAUUUUAAAGAAACGCUUUGAUCGUUUUUCGAAAGGUUUAUCUUAUUCGUAAAAUUAGUUUAGAAUUUUCGAUAAAUAAUAUUAUUUUAUACAAAUAUACAAAUUGGGGCUUUGAAAUAUCUUGUAUUCGCACUCGUGGCAAUAUUAAAUGGAAUUUAAUGUGAUGAAUAUUAUAAGUCGAAUGGAAUGGGUUUCCUGUUUGGACACAUUAUAAAUGUAAAUAUCUACAAGAUUUUUUUUCGAAGUUACAAGAAUAUCUUUUAACGUUUAUAUUCAGUCUUCGAUAUCGUCCGGAGCUGGAUAAUAUUUUCUGAUGAAAUGUCAAAUUUCGUACCUUUGACACUUUGUCAGAAAAGGAACUCCUAGUGAUAUUUGUAACUUCAUCGUUGUCUGUACGAAUUUGUAGAUUUUUCCCGGAUAUUGAAUUAAAUAAAGAUAACUUCUCCUAAGAUAUUUUUAAAUCCACACGGUAUCGUUGUGUAAAAUAAACAAAGUGUAAUUUAUAUUUAAUAUAUAAGUAACUUAUUGCAAUGAGUAUAUUUUUAAAAAAAAAUAAACUCUUAACGCAAGUA